GCGUAGCCACCACGCGCACCGGCCACCUUAUUAAACCCCAAUGCCGAUGGGACGCCUUUUGUCGCGGCUUUUCCCGGCUAUUACGUCCCCUCGACGGUUCUUGCGCCCGACAAGGUCCUUAACUCGCGCUCCUUAACUUAAACCGGGUUGCUCGAGUCAAUGGUGCGGCACUAGUUGAGAAUUAGUUGCCAGACUUGGACGUGUUUUGCAAACGAAAAGAACGAGCCGACCAUCUCUGAACCUGGAAUUGGACACCUGGAAUUUAGAGAAGAUGCGUUCACGAGCCGUGGCACUGCAGGCCUUUCUAAUUGGUUCGGUCAUCAAUCACGUGGCCAGCCAAAGCUGCUCCAAAGAGCAGCACCAGAAAUGCAUCGCUCUGGCGGAUCCUUUGCUAAAGGACCCUCACCUUAUUUUCCCAGACAACAUGCCGGACAUCGACAUGGUGUGCAGGACUUGGUCGAGCUUCGUUGAUUGUAUCAGAAAAUACAUCGAUACCUGUUUCUCGAAGGAAAGGAAAGAACAAUUCAACAUGGCAGUGGAACUUCCGAUUUCUUCUGUGCAUCAGAUGUGUUCAGUGCCCACGUAUCAGUCUGAAUAUUUGAUUCAUGCCAGCUGUAUAAAAGCCACAGUCAUUGAAGAGGCCCACUGUGGUACUCACUAUGCAGCUCUCGUUGAGGAAGUGUCCAAAAGACAAGUAGCAAGGACAAGUCUCUGCUGCUCCCAUCAUCACUUCCGCACGUGCGUUGUGGCCGAAACCAGAAAAAAGUGCGACAAUAAUCAAAAUGCUGGUCCAGCGGCGAGAUUCUCUAGACAAGUGUUGGAUAAAGCCCUCAGCUUUCUACGAGAUCAGUGCCAAAAUUAUAUCCCAAACAGCGGCGAUUGCCCCAAUCCUACCGAAGGACCAAUGCCAUUGUCAGUUAGUCCUUUAGGAGAAGGUUCUGAAAACUUUUUGGGGACUAAAAGACGUCCUCACCAUCAUCAUCAUCACACAGCAUCUCCGAAUGACUAUUCGGGACAGUCCAGUGAUGUCUACGACUCAGUUACUAAUACAAUUUAUCCAACGAGGUUUAGAAGUACCGGCCGAGCAUUGAAUUUGUCACCAACUCAGGAACCCGCGAAAGACGAACCUCUGUUAUCGACAAUGGACAUGCCCAUCGAUGCUGAUAAGAAAGCAAUCGGAAACUCCUAUGAUAGUGCAGUUCCAAGUAAAGUAGGCGGUGAUAUGGAAGAUGAAGUGAUUGCACAAGUGGAGACCACUUCCGAUUCGUCGAUACGAAACGAAGAGCAGUCAGCUGUUAUCGUAACGCAACGACAAUCAACCUAUGGCAGAGGAAUGUCCUGGGCCUCCUCGUCCACAGAACCGCCGGCCGAAAUCCCUGCAUGGGCAACUGGCACGUGGUUGACGUCGAAUCAGAUCCCGGUGACCGACGAAUCUUGGUAUCCUGAAGCUGGGAGCUUUGGUGGGAAUCACAUUGACGAACCAAAUCAACAAGGCUUGUCGAAGAACGGACAUUGGAUGCUGUGUAACAAGCCCCUCUUCACGACAUUAAUUGCUUUUGUUUUGUAUAUUUUAUGAAAGCCUCUGAUAACUCCGUAGGGCUUUAAGUUAACGAGUGCAAGAGUCUCUGACAAAAGUAGGAAGGAUUUAUACUCAAGGUGAUCCUCCCAGGAAAUUUGCUAUAGGCAGAGACAUGAUGUCACAUUAGCAACCAGUAAAUAUUCAUUACUGUGUAAUAUUGUUGCAUGUAGAGGAAUAUGGAACACAAUAGAAGCGUACCUUACUAGAGACAUAAAAGCUAUAUAAUUGUUACAUAGCGAUUAAGAUUUAUUAAAGUCAUAUUGUCUGUAUAAAAGUAUUAUAAGUAUAGAAUUAUUGGACAGCAAUGUGUAAAGGUAUAAAUAUUUUUUUUUCUUCCAUUGUAUAACUAUUUAUAAAGGAGCAAAGAAAUGACGAGAGGGAAUUUACCGAGUCCCAUGAUAUUAUGUACCAUGUAGUUUUCCAAGAUAUGAUACAUUUGUAUUUACUUAAUGCUAUUAACAUUCACAUACGCUGUUUUACAGAUUUAUUAUGUUUCAUUUCUGUAGAGGUGAACAGAAAGCUGUAACUCUGUUGUAACUUACAUGUAGGCAGCAUGUUACCAUACUUGUUACACGUUGUCCCACUGUAAUAUUAUCGCAUUGUUAUAUAAUUUUACUUGCUGGAUUAUAGUGCGUAGCAGAACGCCUUUUCUAAAAAUAAAAUAAAGUACCAAUC